CUCCAGGUCCAGCCCAGUUACCAGAGGACUUUCAAGAACCUCUUCAGUUGACUCAUCUGAAAGAAAAGCCCACUGCAUCAAGGCCGAUGUCCUCUGCAUUGACCCUGUUCCUCACCAGCCCUCCCCAGACAAGCCCAAAACCACGGUCAAGGCGGUCGCUGUCAGGAAAAUAUUACGCCUUGGCGCCAUCAUGGUCUAAUCCAGUGGAACCGAUGUCUGUACCGUCCACAUCAAAAGCGGUUAUAGCUCCCCUGUCUGCAUCUUCAUCAUUGCCGAGUAUCCCGAGUGAAGAGGAGGGUGAGGCGGAGGCUGAACUGGACGUUACAGAUCUCAGCAAGAGCUUAGGGGAAAUGGAUGUGAAAGACACCAGCUUCGUCUUGACAAAUUCACAGUCGUCUUCCACUACAGGGACUGGGUCUUGUUCAGAAGUUGUUUAUGCAGACUCAGACAAACCAUGGACAGAAAGGAAAUGGGUGGUGAACGAGUCCAACAUCCUCCAACUUUUUCGGUCAUGUCUUCAGUGCAGGGCUUUGACAGAAACUACAAUCACCACCAACGGCAGCCAAAUAAAAAUAAACUGGACGUGUGGGAAGCACUCUGGUGAAUGGAAAUCCUGUCCCGAUCGCCGUGGUGUGGCUGAGAAUAAUCUGCUGAUCUGUGCCUCAACAGUCUUUACUGGAUCCACAUACACGGACAUAGCUGACUGGGCGAAGCUCGUGAACAUUUCCAUUCCAGCACAUACAACAUUUUAUGCCAUGCAAAGGGCAUAUAUUCUACCUGCCAUACAGUCUGUGUACCAGAAGCAACAUGACCAAAUAAUGUCCCGCCUAAUUGAAGAAUCCAAAUCCGGAAAGGGGCUUGAACUCUGUGGUGACGGAAGGUGUGACAGUCCAGGUAAAUUCAAUUCUAAUCUGUAUAGAUACUUGUUUCACAUUAAUUUUCUUCAUCAUAACAACCCAAUCCUUGAUACUGAACCGAUUUUGUUUUUCUUUCAAGGUUUCAGUGCCAAAUACUCCACCUACUCUUUCCAAAGUGACACCACAAAGGAAAUAGUGCAUUUUGAACUGGUCCAGGUAAUAUGUUUUUGCUAA